AUGCAUGUUACCAGUCUUCUUUCAGUGGCUGCUUUGGCCCUUGGCAUCUCGGCCGAGGGCAUUAACUGCCACGGCAGCAGCAACUGCGCCAAUGUCGGAUUCAAAUUGACCGAUCUCCUCGGGUACGCGCAGGGCCUUAACAACGAUCGAUGGUACCAAAACGGACAACACAUUGCUUGCUGGAAAAGCUUGAGUGGAUCGGGAUUCUGUGCAUUCCUCCAGAACACUGGUGGCCUCCCUGGCAGAGAGAUCAAGAGAUUGCUUCAGGAGCUGGUUAACCAUGGAUGCGCCAAAUGCGGCAGCGUUCCCGCCUUUUAUCCUAGUGAUAACGAUAUCAGUCAUCACGGAAUGCUUACCGUUAACUUCGUCUCCAAGACGAAUUGCAAUGGUAUCUGUUAA